CAUUUUUGCAUCCAACUCAAUCAUUUCUUCAGGGGGGAUUAAAUUCCCACCAGGCUUCACCCCGUGCUCCCACCCCGGGACCUCGUCAUCGGCACUCGGGACCACUCGGCGCCACCAUCCAACCCGGAGCACCUAGCCGACCACCAUGAUGUUUUCCCUCGGUCAUGCGCGUCCAUUCAGGCCGGUGGUCCACCUCAUCAACAGAGCUCUUCACCGGAACCAUUCCUCUCCCGCCUAUCAUGAGCAUCUCGACCGACUCAGACCAUUCAUCGAUCCCUGUCAGCAGUUCAUCGACGCCAAACGGGCCCAUCGGCCGAUCCUCGCCUUGGAAUCCACCAUCCUAACACACGGCUUACCAGCCUCAAGUGCCCUCAAGCUUGCCGCUGAGCUCGAGGAAAUCGCCAACAGGCUCGAUGUCACCCCCGUCCAUAUCGCACUGAUCGACGGACGAAUCAAGAUCGGCCUCUCAGCCGACGACCUCCAUCACCUCCUCCACUCUACCCCUCCAGAUAAUCUCCUCAAACUCGGAAGAAGAGACUUGCCCUCCGCAAUCACUCAGAAAUCGUCCGGUGGGACCACCGUCUCCGCUACCAUGGCUAUCGCUCAUCUGGCUGGAAUCAAAGUAUUUGCAACUGGUGGAAUCGGCGGCGUUCAUAGGGGAGUCGUUCAUACAAUGGAUGUCUCGUCCGAUUUAACUGAACUUGCUAGGACCCCCGUUACCGUCGUUUGUUCUGGUGUUAAAUCUAUCUUGGACAUCCCUCUCACCCUGGAAUAUCUGGAAACCUUGGGAGUUCCGGUCAUUAGUUUUUCGAAAACUAAAGAUUUCCCGGCGUUUUACUCUCCGAAAUCAGGUCACGAUGCGCCUUUCAAUUCAUCUUCUACCCUCGAAUGUGCCCAAACGAUAUAUCAUUCGGACCUACUGAAUCUCAACAGUGGUACGCUGGUAGCGGUGCCUAUUCCCAGUCAAUACACCCAAUCUGGACUACUCAUUCAAGAAGCUGUCGAACGGGCCGUUGCUGAAUCCGAGAAAAUGGGCAUCAACACUUUGGGAAAAUCAGUGACGCCUUGGUUGUUGAAUCGGGUCAAAGAACUUUCCGAUGGGAAGAGCGUUGAUGCCAAUAUUGGGUUAAUCAAAAAUAACGUGCUAGUGGCUUCCCAAAUCGCCAAAGACUACAACGGUCUCAUCCUUGCUUCUCAACCCCCCUCGUCCUCGAUGAUCCCAGACAGGAAGAUAGAACAAGGUGCUCAUUCGGCAGGGCAAGGCUGUAAGAUGAUGGUGAUUGGUGCGGCAGCUAUCGAUAUCACCUCGCGAGUGCCUCCAGACGAUCGAUCAAAUCCUCUCGCCACACGAUCGACAAGUCCGGGCAGUGUGAAGAUGAGCCUGGGCGGGGUGGCCUUGAACAUCGCGCGUGCAAGUCAUGGACUGGGAAUCAAGGAUGUCAUGCUUGUUUCCCAGCUGGGAAGCGAUUGCUCGUUUGGCGACUAUCUGCUCAACCAACUUCGCUCGAUCGGACUCAGGUCUGAUGGCAUUCAUCUCGACAAUCGCGCUUCGACCGGGAUAGUUAACAUGUUUUUGGACCGUAAUGGGGAUCUUUUGGGCGGCGUUGCUGAUUUGAAAUCUAUCGAAAAUAUGGACGGUGAACUCACUUCUGAGUUAGUUAGGAAUCGGAAACCAAAAGUAGUCUGUUUUGAUGGAAACCUCUCUUCUGAUGGGAUCUUCAAGCUCCUCAAAACGUGUCACGAAUCAAAAACUGUCAUUACUGCCUUUGAGCCAACUUCGGUUUCGAAAUCGACCAAGAUCAUGAAAAGCUUGGUGGGAUUGUAUAAGAGCACUAACGGAAGAAAGAAGCUCACGAUGAUGUUCCCUAACCUACAAGAAUUGAAGCAGAUUCACGAGGUGGGGAUCCUGAACUCGAGUGUUGAAGAGCUGGAAUCGGUGGAAUAUUUUGAAUCUCUCCAAGCGCUCCGGGCGGACGAAAGGUUCUUAGAGCGUGUCCGCAAGACAUCUCCCGCUUGGGUGAUCGAAUCCGGUACUCUCCAAAUGGCAAUGAAGCUCAUGCCAUUUAUCGAUUUCUUGGUGAUCAAGAAUGGGGCGGACGGCUUAGUUCUUGUAGCUAACAAUUCAUCCUCCUCAAAUCACCGUCUCUUUCCCUCGCCAUCCAGUCCUCAACAACAACAACGACAACAACAUGGCGAUGUUGAUAAUCCUUGGAUCUUCAAUCAGUCCCACUCACUGUGUUUUAAGUUCUUCCCAGCCCUCGCCGAUUUCAAACCUGCGGAAGCCCACAACCCCUCUGAUACCACAAUCCAGAGCAGUCAACAAGCUGUCAAUGUUACCGGCGCUGGCGAUUCUUUAUGCGCAACGAUUCUGAGCGAGGUCGCGCUACAUGACCCUGACCAUACUCAUCUUGCUUUCGACUGGGACAAGGUGAUUGAUUCGGCCCAAAGGAUGGCUGUUAGAACCCUAUGUACUGACCAAUCCGUUGGCAAAUAA